UGGAUUCUCCAUUCAGCACGCCCUACGGCCACACUGCGUGUUUGAGCAUUUUGUAUUUUUUAAUUUUAGGCCAAGCAGCUCACAAUGCAAGCGAUCUGGCGAGGAAUGCCGGGGCUGGUCGUCCUGCUCCUCGCAGGACUUCUGUUGGGCCUCCAGGAUGCGGAGGCCUAUGACAAGGAGAUGACCGUCUAUGUGGACGCCGGCAAAACGGAGUGUUUUUACCAUUCGGUGCGGCAGGGCGAGACCAUUGACUUCGAGUACCAGGUGAUCGACGGCGGACACGGCGACCUAGACAUCAGCUUCACUCUGCUGGAUCCCAUCGGGCUGGUGAUAGUCAGCGACUUCAAGAAGCCCGAGAAUGUCCAUCGCCACGAGGUGGCCAAGGAGGGCGACUAUCGGUUUUGCUUAGACAACAGCUUCAGCAUGUUCAACCGGAAGACGGUGUUCUUUGAGCUCAUCGUGGAGCGGGAGGGCGAGGAGCUCCAGGGCGACACCCAGUGGAAUGAGGUGGACGAGCUCACGGGGCUCUCCCGCGAUGAGUACUACGACAUGAAGGUGCAGGACAUCAUGGACUUCAUUGGACGCAUUCGUCUGCAGCUCAACAAGGUCCGCCAGCUGCAGGAUGUCCUGCGGUCGCACGAGGCACGCGACCGCAAUUUGGCCGAAUCCAAUUUCCAGAAGGUCAACCACUGGUCCAUGCUGCAGAUUAGCGCCAUGAUCGGUGUGGGCCUCAUCCAGGUCUUUAUGCUGCGCAGCAUCUUCGCCACCGGCGGACGGAUGCACGAUCUGUGGCGCAAACUGGGCAUUUGAUGGGUCGGAGACCAGUGUCCAGUGUCGAGGAGAAGCCUCUACCAAAGAUGUGCGUGCCGGAGUCGCGAGGAUGCAUUUAUUGAUCGAGUAGAUGUCCCCCAAGUGAAUGCCAUCCGGCAGCGGGACCCCCUAGUUAGAUUUUAAUUUAAAACAUAAAACUUGCCAUCAUCAUCAUCUGUAGUUUGUUAGUUUCUAUAUGCAUAUAUGUAUUUUCAUGCAUUAUGUAGCCAAGAGGUAGUAUUCCGUGUAUUUAUAGAUAUGCGGGUGUGUGCUUGUGAUAUACCCGGUGUGUUGUGUGUGUUUGAGGCGUUGUUAAACGAAAGCAAUUGUAUCAUUAAGCCAGGAGGAGAGUUUGAUAUUAAAUUUAAAGUUGCAGGAACCAGUGAAAAAA